CCAGGCUUGUAAAUUAAACGAAAUAUGGAGUGAGACCGCUUUUUCUUCCUCACGAUUCUUUUAUCAUGGACAGUCAAAACUCUUAUCCUCUCCAACGGUCAACCGGCUACGAGAUCUCACGUGAUGAGAUGAACGUUGAGCAUCACGAACGCCUUGAGAACUCAGCAAGGCGUACUCGCCUGGAAAUGUUCCUCACUACGAGUGAUAGAGCCCUGGUUCUCGCGGGCUGUGCCCUACUUCAACUACCAAUAUGGGGUUUUGCAAUGACUUAUGGUAUCUUCCAGCAAUAUUAUAUCGACAAUUGGUCGUUUGAUGGAAGCCAGAGUGCUGUUGGUGUUAUUGGGACAACAUACAAUGGUGUGAUGUACCUCUCAAUACCCGUAUUCUCCAUGGCCUUUACACGCAAAUGGGCAAGAUAUAGGCGUGGAGCUGCCAUCAUAGGCGUUUUUCUCUCCUGCAUCAGCUUUAUCAUCUGUUCGUUCAGUCGUAACGUGUGGCAGCUUGUGCUUGCACAGGGAGUGCUGGCUGCUUUGGGAGGCGCGUUAGUUUACACGCCGACCACACUAUCUCUCGGCGAGCAUUGCAGUACAGAAAACCGCGCAGUCGCGUAUGGAAUCACCUUAUCUUGCAAAAAUAUAACGGGUACUACAUGCCCGUUCUUGAUGCAAGCCCUUCUCAGCCGACUUGGAUUUCAGCGUACCAUGUGGAUUUGGACAGGAAUCGUUGCAACAACCAGUAUUGCUGCGGUGACGGUUAUUCCCAUGACAAAAUCGACGAAUGCUGACUCUCCGACAUUAAGGCACCGAAAAAUACCGUGGGACUUUCUGCGACAUCAAACGUUCUACGUUUACUGUAUUGCUAUCAUUCUACAAAGCUCAGGAUAUGGAAUCCCUCAGACAUAUCUGAAUAGUUACGCGCAUGAGGUUGCGUCAAUCUCCGUCAAUGCAUCUACUCUUUUGAUAACAUUAUUCAACGUUCCUGGAAUCGUUUCGUCGACUUUUUUUGGGUGGCUGUCGGAUAAUAAGUUUAAGAAUUUUUCUGCAACUGCAACCACAUUCUUCUCUGCCAUUUCGUCUGCUAUGGCUACCUUUCUACUUUGGGGACUUGCAGGUUCAACUUCGGAUAGUAUGUCUUUGCUAAUACUUUACUCUAUGAUAUAUGGGUUCUUUGCUGGCGGAUACAGUGCAACAUGGGGCGGCGUUCUGAAGCAAAUGGAGGCGGAGGCGGCUGAAAAUAAUGAAGCUAUAGACACGGGUAUGGUAUACGGCUUAUUGAAUGGUGCGAGAGGGAUAGGCUUCGUUGCUGGUGGAGUGGCAGGUGUUCAGCUGCUGAAAACUGGCAAGGCAGCUCUUGCUACUGAGUUCGGGUACGAAACCAAAUAUGGACCCUUGAUAUUGUACACUGGACUAGCGACCGGAUUCGGUGGUUGGAGCAUUGCGUUUCAUGGCAAAACACUUCUAAGGGGCCUGCGAAUGAGAUUGCUUGGUUGAGGGCCUUGAAAGGAGGUUGCCUUGAGCAGUAGAACAAUCCUGGGAAAUGUGAAAAGAUCUUCAGACCAUAAAUAUAUUUUAUUCGCCUUAUAUCAAUACCAUGCCAAG